GCGUGUUCCCCUCUACCGUGCACCGGCUUAUUCAGACACAAUGAACCCGGAGACCUACGUAAAACACGCAAACUGGGGCUGGCAGUGUGCUCGCGCGGGGGAAGUGUAGAAUUUUAAAGUUUUUGUUUCGUCCAGCCUCCAUAAAUCGAAAUAUUCGGUCGUAAAACAACGGCCUGUGUUCGGUUAACACUGUUUUACUGAUCCAUCGUGGUAGGUAACAGACUGAAUUCGAGAUCGCAGACCCGACCAGGAGCACACGGAAGGAUUCCCUGCGUGGUACGGGAUCGCUGUAAAAGAAGAAUGUCGUUUGCGUGUCCGGACUAUUUCGCCGCUGAGUGCCUGGUGUCGAUAUCUAGCAGACCUGUCCUGCACCGACCUACCCCGGUCGCCCCCACCGCCAUCGGUCCCCCUCAGGGCCUUGCUGUCGUGGAGCCAGAGGGGUCGAACGAGGACAGGGAAGUACGCGACACGUUGAAACUGGAAGGGGCGAACAUGAUGACGGUGGCCGGGAUUCUUACGAAUCUCAACGGCAAAUUCCGCCCCAUGUCGGCCUAUUCGGAAAGCAGCAAUUCCUCUUGCGGAGAAAGCGGCUACACCACGCUGUCCGAUUCAACCACCCCGACCCCGACCAUGACCCCCACCGCUACCCCAACCCCCGGACAGCACAAUCCCCCCCAGCAGCUCUGGAGAGGAGGUCCGCCCCGGUCCCCCGUGAAACGGCACCCGUGUACUUUCGAUGGCUGUGACAGGGUGUACGGAAAAUCGUCGCAUUUGAAGGCGCAUAUCAGGACUCACACAGGUGAGAGGCCCUUCCCCUGCACCUGGCCCGGCUGCGAGAAGAAGUUCGCCCGCUCAGACGAGCUGGCGCGCCACACCCGGACCCACACGGGCGAGAAGCGCUUCCUGUGCCCGCUGUGCGACAAGCGCUUCAUGCGAAGCGACCACCUGAUCAAGCACGCCCGCCGGCACCCCGACUUCCACCCCGCCAUGAUCAGCCGCAAGGGCGUGGGUCAGGGCCUGCCCUCCGCCCCACAGGGCCUGUAACCCCACCCACGGCGACGCCGCAUCGCCCAUGCGAUCCGCCCUCAGGACCUUAGCUGGAACGUCCCGGUUUGAUUGACAGAUGACCUCUCUCUCUUUCGCUCGCUCGUGAGCGUACAGACACAUAUCCAAACUCCACAACUCUCUCACGUACAAAGCUGCUGGACUCUGCAUUUCUCUAACCACAUGCCCUCAUUACAAUAGCCACCUGCUGCAUUUCCCAGCGAGGGCCCUGCUGGAUCUCCAUGCCUGCUAUUGGAACUCUUUUGGGCAUUAUGGGUAGGCGUUCAGGAGGCCGUCAUUCCAGAAGUUUCCAGCAAAGUGCUGGACUCGGCAUCAGCUGCACACGAUGCAUAUUCCAUGUUUUUGUUUGUUUUUGUUUGAACAUAUUAGUAUUAUUAUUGCAUUAGGCACAUUUUUGCUCCUUUAUUGAUGUUGGUCAACACACUCUCCAGUUCCUCUGGAACUUGGUCUGGGUCAGAUGUUCUGGAAGGUUCUGGAGAGGGUGUUGCUCUGCCACAUCAGUGCUUUGCAGCUGUCUUGCAGUAUCCGCUGAAUUUUGGAACCGGCUGCUGCAUUGUGCUCAGCUGCGGUGCACAUACUACAAGCUUAAAGCUUCUGCAUUAGAGGCAAUAUUAUAUAUACUAUUAGAAGUAAGUAUUGUUAAUUAUAGUCCUUAUAUUAGGGGUGACCGAGUAUAUAUGCUUGGCUAGGCUAGUGCUGCUUUUUUUGUGCGCGUGUGUGCGUGUGGCCGCAUGUGCGGGCGCAGGUGUGUAAGAAAGAUCUCGUUAAAACAAUCACUGUCUGUGCUGUCCAUCCGUACUCUGGGUGGACGGCUUUAUCUCUCUGAACAUGUCAGGAAAUUCAGAAAGCCUUAAUAUAUUUCAUAAUUAUUUGCACAUAGUUUACAGUUGGGACAUUUUUUUACAGGUAUAUGCAAUAUGGCACAUUUCUUACAGGUAUAUGUGUUUUUUUAUUCAGGCUGCUGGUGGGCAAAGCGUACACUGUUAAAACAUUUUUCUGUGAUUGAACACUGUGGAAUUCGGAUGGAUUUGUCAUGAACUGGAUGGCUUUCUCAGCACGCCUUGUUUUUCCAAGUGCUCGAGAAAGUGUGAUAAAGAACCGAUCAACAUGAUAUGCUGUUUCUUACUGGCUUCAUUUAUUUCUGCAGUGAAAUAUGUGUCCAGGUUAUCCUGCAUAUUUUAGCUGUUCAUGGUUUAACGGGCUAACCCCUUCAGUAGUGUAGUUACAUGAGCAUCAGUCUACAGACAAAUGGAAGGGUAUGCCUCUGUUUGCAGAUUUGGCCACAAGGGGGGUUGUUUUGGCCUUACAUACUUCAGAUGUUUGCGUUGUUCAAAUACCAGCUCAAUAGGUGUCUUAUGUUACUUUUAAUGUAACCUAACUGUUGCUGUAUUCUGACUGUGUUUGCAUAUCCACAACAUUCAGGGGGAAAUUAAAAAAGUUACAAGUAACUGGAUAUUUAUAC